UGUCAUAUCAAAACGUGUAAUUGACUGUUGAGGCUCGGCUACAACCGCAAUCGCCGUAUGCACUCUUUUCCUUCAAAUUAGGCGUCGGAAUUGGAUAAAUCGUUUCGGUUCACUCUCUCCAAAAUUCUCCCCAAUUCGAAUCACAAAUCCACCAACUCCGAAUUGAAGCCACGCCAAUUGAUUGCAGCUAUGGCGAAUCUCAUCGAAGAAGAUGCAAAAAUGGUUGAGAUCACUCUGCGAACAAUCGGCCCUUCACCUCGCUCCCGCCUCACCCUCCCCUCUACGCUCAAAGUUAAAGAGUUGAGGAAACUGAUUUCUGGAACUACUGACUUGCCCCUGGAGAAUAUGACUCUUGUUUUCCGUGGAAAUGUGUUGCACGAUAGUACAAAUGGUGAGGACUCAUUUGUCCAACUCCACGAGCGAGAAACUGUGACUGUUGCUAUCAAACCGAAGCCACCUGCUAAGAAUAUCCAAGACAGUUUUGACGACGAUGAUGGAGAAGAUCUAAAAUUUCAACUUCCAGAAUCAACCAGCAGGUGGAAGAGGAGAGUGUUCUUCACAUUACGUGACAAAUUCAAGAUCCCUGAUAUGCUAUUGAUGGCAAUUUUCUCCCUCAAAACAAAGACAUGGGUAGCCAUUAUAAUGUGGUUCAUCCUGGCACCCGUUGCCCAUAGAUUGGGUCUUGGACCUUUAUAUAUACUUGCAACCGGCUUUUUUAUCAUAUUCUACAAUCUUGGGCAUCGACAACCUGGUGAUGUAAGUGCAUAUUCUAUAUUCAAUGAAGAUUUCAGAGAACUUCCUGGAACUCUCAAUGCGGACCGCCUUGACAGGGACAUUCGAGCUGGGCAGUUUUGAGGACACCCCAGAUGGACCACACGUCCAAUUUUAUCAGUCUGACAACACAGUUGUGUUGCAAAAUUCUCAACCCAUCCCCACAUUGAAGUUCCUGUCAUUGGAUGGCAGGAAUUGAAGCCGGCAAAUGUUUGUAGCAUGUGUAAGUUGCUGUUGCUUGUUAAUGUUAUGAAAGUUGCAGCAGGAUUGAUUACAUUACAUAAAUUGUAAGUUGUAUAAUAUCUUGAUGUUACAUUAUAGAGGAGACUGAUAAAAAAAUUUCAUCACAA